AUGCCUACUGACAAUCAAGAUGCUCAGGAUGAGAGGCCCUCUUCUCCCGGCCGCGGGCGUACCAGCACUACCUCAGAGGCUGGACCAUCCAACCAAGCCCCUCUGCGAGAAGGCAGCUCGAUGAGUCGGGGUCGAACUCGCAGAAUAGAGGUGGAAUAUACCGAGCCUCCUCGAGACCCUGAUGGGUACAAUACCUCCUCACCCGAGGACUAUGUCUAUGAAGACGGCCUAGGCGGCUACGCCCCACGCAAACCCGAUAGCGCAUCCUCCUCAGCGCCGGGCCACUACCAGACCCGCAUGCUGAGCGAGCCCCAGAUGACGCUGCCCGGUGCCGAGUUCCUGCGGCACAGGGACCAGGAGGCCAGGGCGCGAGCGGCCGAGGCGAGCAGGGAGGAGAGGGAGUACCACCGCCAGCAGGCUUCUAUGCAGGCGAGGGAGCCUGGGCGGAGGCGCAAACCCGAUCCUCAUUAUCAUCCAGCUAGAUCGCGUACCUCGACGACCCAGCGUUCGAACGAGGACUGGGGUUGCUGCGUCGUUCUCUAA